CCUCGCAACUCUCCAAAUCAAACAAACUACAAACAUAUCUUACUUUCUUCUUUCCUUUUCUUCUCCUUCUCUUUCUUAUUCACAACUUACAACAGCCAUGUUCAGAAUCCGAAAAGCCGGCCGGAAGGAUGGGACAAGGCCGGGUACUAAUCCGGCCGUUGAUCUCGCUAUCCCGGCCCACUUCAGGUGCCCCAUAUCGUUGGAUCUUAUGAAGGAUCCCGUGACAUUGUGCACCGGCAUCACAUAUGAUCGCCAGAGCAUCGACACAUGGAUUGAAGCGGGAAACCUCACGUGCCCCGUCACCAACCAGGUCCUCAGGAGCAUGGACCAGAUCCCAAACCAUACUAUAAGGAGGAUGAUACAGGACUGGUGCGUCGAGAACCGUUCUUAUGGGAUUGAACGGAUACCGACGCCCAGGAUUCCGGUCACCACAACAGAAGUAUCAGUUAUCCUUUUAGAAAUUACGACGGCAUGCCGAGCAAGGGAUGAUGUUCGAUGCCUUGAAUUGGUGAAGAAAAUCAACGCAUUAGGCAAGGAGAGCGAGCGCAACCGGCAGUGCAUCACAGCAAUUGAGACGGGCCGUGUCUUAUCGGCGACAUUCGACGCAUUCGCCACUUCAUCGAUGGAAAACCAUGUAGCCAUCUUGGAGGAGAUCCUAUUGGCAUUGACAUGGAUGUUCCCACUCUAUGAUGAGGCUAGAAUAUACCUUGGAUCAUCUGCAUCCUUGCAUUGCAUGGCCUGGUUUUUAAAAUGUGGGAGUUUGGGGGGAAGACGGGCGACGGUUUUGGCUGUCAAAGAUCUAGCUUCCUCAGAACAAAGGCAUGUAAAUGCCUUAGUAGGGACAGAUGGAUUGUUGGAAGCUUUGGUCAAGAUGAUCAAAGAGCCUAUUUGCCCAACAACCACAAAAGCUUCAUUGAUGACCAUCUACUACAUGGUUUCUUCAUCGUCACCGUCAUCUUCUUCGCCGAAACAGAAAACUGCAGAAAGAUUUGUUGAGUUGGGUCUUGUCGCUUUGUUACUUGAAGCACUCGUCGACUCAGAAAAGAGUAUCUGUGAGAAGGCUUUGGCUGUUUUGGAUGGGAUCUGUGAUUGUGAUGAGGGGAGAAAAAUGGCCCAUGAUCACGCAUUAACGGUGCCGAUUCUCGUGAAGAAGAUUUUCCGAGUAUCGAAUAUGGCGACGGAGUUUGCCGUCUCGGUCCUUUGGAAGCUUUCCAAGAACUGCAAAGAAGAGGAUGGAGGGAUAUUGGUAGAGGGUCUUCUAGUGGGGGCAUUUCAAAAGAUCUUGUUGCUUUUGCAGGUGGGCUGUGGUGAGAGAACAAAGGAAAAGGCAACAGACCUUUUGAAACUGCUUAAUGGUUAUAGAGGGAGGGGAGAGUGUAUUGAUUCCAUGGAUUUCAAGCAGUUGAAAAGACCCUUUUGAUAAAUUACAAGGGAGGAAUUAUUAAAAAAAAAUGUGUUUUAGUUGUGUUAUUAGGUAAUAUAUGUAUAAAAUACAAAGGAUACAUCUCAUAUUCCACUUUGAAAUUUUUGAAGGGAAAUGAUAUAAAUACACCGUAUGUUUUUUUAUACAUACACCUUAUUUCUACUUUUGGUAUUAGAAUUGUACCAUUACAAUCCUAAAGCCAAAAUUAGAGUAGAUUUAUCAAACCGUAGUGUGUAUGUAUCAGUUCCCAUUUUUAUAUCCAUAUUCAAAUAAGGGUAAAACCUGUCUGGGUUUGCGUUGAUUUGGUAGUUUGCUUGGUGUUAUAGGUGUUUUAUGGCCAUGUUGUCUUUCAUAGUGGAGAAUAAUUGGAUGGAAAUUCAAACUAUGUAAUAAUGAUAGAGAAUUAUAUGAGAUUGAUGUUGGAAGCUUUUAAUUAUCAA